AUGGGAGUUAAAUUUGGACGUACCAGGGAUGAGGUGUCCGUGAGAGAUCCCUUUGGAGGUGCAGAGUAUGAGAAGAUUUUGGGAGCGGUUGGGUUCUCAGCAGCAUGGAAACUUGUGGGCGCUGACAGGCUGCGGCCGAACCCCUGCAAAGAAGGUGCAAAGAGGUUGGCAGCUUCGGUUGAAGCACAUCGAGCCGAGCGGCGGAGGCAGCAGCAGCUCGGAGUCAUUAGCCAGAGCUGCGAGCAGAACCACGGCGAGCGGGAAUCCCGUUCUGCUGCCAGAAGUGGAAGUGCUCGUGGAUCUGGGAAAUCUGCAAGGCAUACCCCUGCAAGGUCUCGCUCCAAAGAAGAUUCCAGACGUUCCAGAUCAAAGUCCAGGUCCAGAUCUGAAUCCAGGUCUAGAUUCAGAAGAAGUUCUCGGAGGCAUUAUACAAGAUCACGAUCUCGGUCUCGCUCCCAUGGACGAUCCCGUAGCAGGUCUUAUAGUCGAGAUUAUCGGAGGCGUCCUAGCCACAGUCAUUCUCCCAUGUCUACUCGCAGACAUCAUGUCGGGAAUCGGAGAGGGUAGAAGGGAGGGGGAGAGACAGAGGGAGAAAAACAUCGAUGUGAGAGAGAGACAUCCACUGGUUGCCUCCCGCACACGCCUCGACCGGUGCCGGUGAUCAAUCCUGCAACGGAGGCAAAUCCUGAUCCCAACUGUUGUCUUGGAGUAUUUGGAUUGAGCUUGUACACUACAGAAAGAGAUCUAAGAGAAGUAUUCUCUAAAUAUGGCCCCAUUGCUGAUGUGUCUAUCGUAUAUGACCAGCAAUCUAGACGUUCAAGAGGAUUUGCCUUUGUAUACUUUGAAAAUGUAGACGAUGCCAAGGAAGCAAAAGAGUAUGCCAAUGGAAUGGAACUUGAUGGACGUAGAAUCAGAGUUGAUUUCUCUAUAACAAAAAGACCACAUACCCCAACACUAGGAAUUUAUAUGGGGAGACCUACCUAUGGCAGCUCACGCCGCCGUGAUUACUACGACAGAGGAUACAAUCAAGGCUAUGAUGAUCGGGACUACUAUAGCCGAUCAUACAGAGGAGGAGGAGGAUGGAGAGCUGCUCAAGACAGGGAUCAGAUUGACAGAAGGCGGCCACCUUCUCCUUACUAUAGUCGUAGAGGAUGUAGAUCACGUUCCAGAUCUCGAUCAUAUUCACCUCGUCGCUGUUCAAGCAUGAAAUGGAAGGCUUUCUGAAAUCUACCUUAGAGUUUGGAUAUUGUUUGUGGACAAUAUUUUUUAUUGUCUCCUGUUUAAAAAGUGAACAGUGCCUGGUGAAGUUAGAUGACUUUUACACCUUUUAUAAUGACUACUUUUGGUGGAUUUGAAAUGCUGUUCUCAUUCUGCAUUUGUGUAGUUUGGUGCUUUGUUCCAAGUUAAGUGUUUUCAGAAAAGUAUGUUUUGCAUGUAUUUUUUUACAGUCUAAAUUUUGACUGCUGAGAAGUUUUUAUUGUACAAAACUUCAUUUAAAGGGUUUUUCUACUGAAUCCAGGGUAUAUUCUGAAGAUCGAAGCCUGUGGGUAAAAUGCUACCAAAUGGCAAAAAGCAACAGUAAAGUUUGAUUUUUACUUUUCUUUCUAACAUCAGUGCUUAGCAGAAUUGUUCAGACUAGGGUGU